UGAGACAGAGAGAGGGAGCGCGGCAAUGGCGACGACCUCGGCGGCGUUGCCGCCUUCCCUUCGCGUCCCGGAGCUCAGGCGCGGAAGCCGGAGGGCUAGCUACCUCCACCGCUUCGUAGCGAAAUGGACGAGGACGCAGACGAGGGCCCCUUCACGAGGGGGAGGCGGUGGCGGGGGUGGAGGAGGAGGAGCUGACAGGCGGCUCCGCGGCCUCGUCCAGCGCGGGGAGCUCGACGGCGCGCUCCGCCUCGUGGAAUCCGUCCGCGGAGGCGGGAGGUGGCCCGCCGUGGUGCCCUGCAACAUCCUCAUCAAGAGGCUCUGCGCCGAGGGGCGCCUCGCCGACGCCCAGCGGGUGGUGGACGCGCUCGGGCCGUCCGCGACCGUCGUCACUUACAACACCAUGGUCAACGGGUACUGCCGCUCCGGCGACAUCGGCGCCGCGCGCCGCGUCAUGGGCGCCAUGCCGUUCGCGCCCGACACGUUCACCUACAACCCCAUCGUCCGUGCCCUGUGCGUGCGCGGGCGCGUCCGCGACGCCCUCGAGGUGUUCGACGAUAUGGUGCACCGGGGAUGCUCCCCCAGCGUGGUCACCUACAGUAUCCUGCUGGAGGCCACCUGCAAGGAGAGCGGGUACAGGCAGGCCAUGUUGCUCCUCGAUGAGAUGCGCUUCAAGGGCUGCGAGCCGGACAUUGUGACGUACAACGUCCUUAUCAAUUCUAUGUGCAAUGAGGGUGAUGUUGAUGAAGCUAUCAAGCUCUUGAAUUGCUUGCCUUCCUACGGAUGCAAACCUGAUGCCGUCACCUAUACCCCUGUCUUGAAAAGUUUGUGCAGCUCUGAGCAGUUGGAGAAGGCUGAGGAGCUCCUGACCAAGAUGGUCAGCAACAGCUGUGACCUGGAUGUGGUGACGUUCAAUGCGAUAAUUACCUCUUUUUGUGAGAAAGGACUGGUUGACCGUGCAAUUGAAGUUGUUGAACACAUGUCAAAGCAUGGAUGCACCCCAGAUAUUGUCACAUACAGCACUAUAAUCAAAGGGUUGUGCAACGAAAGACGCGUUGAAGAUGCAAUCAAAUUACUGAGGGAUCUGCAAUCAUAUGGGUGCAAGCCUGAUAUCGUUACCUAUACCACCGUCUUAAGAGGGCUAUGUGCUAUUGAACGGUGGGAGGAUGCUGAGGAGCUCUUGGCUGAGAUGGUCCGCAACAAUUGUCCACCAGAUGAAGUGACAUUCAACACAAUUAUAACUUCCUUGUGUCAUAAAGGAUUGGUCAGCCGCGCAACUAGAGUUGUCGAUCAAAUGUCAAAGCAUGGAUGCAUCCCAGAUAUUGUUACAUAUAACUGUAUUAUUUAUGGUUUGUGCAACAAGAAGUGUGUUGAUGAUGCCCUGAAACUGUUGAAAAGCCUACAGUUUUAUGGGUGUAAGCCCAAUAUCAUUACCUAUAACACUGUACUGAAGGGCCUAUGUACUGUUGAAAGAUGGGAUGAUACUGAGAAACUCAUACUCGAGAUGAUUCAAAAGGAUUGCCCUCCGGAUGAAGUGACAUUCACUACUGUAAUCACUUCUUUGUGCAAGAAAAAAUUGAUUCUGCAAGCAAUUGAAAUCCUAAAACAAAUACACGAGAAAGGUCACAUUCCCAACUCAAGCACUUAUAGUAUAAUAGUUGAUCAGCUUACAAAGGCUGUAAAGGCACAUGGAGCCCUUGAAAUAUUGGAUGACAUCAGAAAUGGUUGUACUCUGGAUAUGCAUACUUAUAAUACAUUAAUUGCCAGUUUUGCAAAGUCUGGAAAAACAGAAGAAGCUCUGGAUUUGUUGAAUGUGAUGGUCACCAAGGGCCUUUACCCAGACACGGCUACUUACAAAUCUUUGGCUUAUGGGCUCUCUAGGGAGGAUGAAUUGCACAGUGCUAUUGAAAUAUUUCGCAGAGUUCAGGAUAUUGGGUUAUCACCUGACACCGACCUUUGUAAUGCUGUACUGAUUAAUCUUUGUACAAAUUCGAGAGCAGAUCCUGCUAUCGACUUUUUUGUCUAUAUGAUCUCCAAUGGCUGCAUGCCUGAUGAAUCAACAUACAUAAUUCUAAUUGAAGGUCUUGCUCAUGAGGGUUUUCUGAAGGAGGCAAAAGAAGUGCUAGGCAAUUUGUGCUCUAGAGGACUCCUAAAUAAGAGCUUGAUUGAGGGGGUAGAACCAUACUCGUCAGGUUGAAUAUCACGUCUCUCAUAAUGUGAUGAAGUUGAAGGGCCUUAUCGCUUGCACUAGCAAGUGCUGAAUUGGUUGCUUUGCAUCCUUCCUAAUUUCUAGUCGUGAUGAUUUGUGCCUACUUCCAUUGGGAGAUAAAGCUUUUUGGUUAUAUGGUCUCAGAAGGCAACUGGCUGAACACCAAAUAAAUAGUAGCAACCACACCCUCAUGUCAGGAAGUUUAGGAACGCUCAGAGCUGCAGAGAAACCUGAAGCCUGUGCCAUGUCGUAUGGAGAUACUUAGCUGAUGCAAAGUUGUGUUUUCAAGGCCCUAUUUGCAUUUUUGGUGCAACUCACUUGCUUUGCUGGACGUACAUCGCUCACCUGAUAUGUGUUGAUCAUCCAUUAGCUGUCUACUGUAAUUCAUGACAUGGAUUACUUCUGCUCUAUGAGGAAUUUUUGUUGGGCGAAGAUCCUGGAAGGCUGUUCCUUACGGAAACAAAAUGAUGAUGGGGAAGUUCCUGGAUUCGUUAACGUUUAUGAACGCCAUCUGUUGCUGAUAUGAUGGAAGCCAUGGGCACUAGUUGAGAUUACAAGAGGCGGCGAAGCAAGGCAUACUGGAGGGAGCUACAGCCUGCAGGUGAUUCAGCAAGCUAUCUGUAGUCUUUGAUGCCGAAUAGUUGGUUCUGGUAGUAUUGACAUUGCUGAGCUGAACACCAUGUUUCUUGCUUGGUUACUUGUGCGGAUCAGAGUAGCCCACCUCUGUAUUUUCUGUCAUGUUUGAUAGAUAAACUCCGGGGUUGUAUUUUCCAUGCAAUAGUGUUUAACGAUGUUCUGAAUUUAAUUACAUGUACUCUGAAAGACUUGACAGUGUAAAUACAUGCAGGUGUUAAGCUGC